UUCCUAUUUCCCGAUGAAGCAGCAAAAACACUCACUCUGGUAGAAUAUGAGGAAACUCUCAAUGGUGCCUUCACAUCGGCAUUUGGAAUGGUCAACGAUGCCAUAGAUGCUGUGGGAACGGCUGGCACGGGAGGCGGGUGGACUUUCCCUGAUUCCGAGAUCAGAGACUUAUCUGCCCGCAUCUUUGGUGACGCAACCAAUAACGCAAACCCCCAGAAGCCUUUGGUUAAAAGGUACACUACAGUCAAAAAAAACUUCGAGUUCAUUCGCGGCAACUUCGCAAGCAAUAGAGGGACGCUUCUGAGCACUGAUGCUGAAAUCAAGAAACUCACGGAUUCGGAUGUGUUUGUUUAUUGCGAUAUGAAGCGUCUGGAAAAGUCAGGAGACAGUUAUUAUGCGAAAGACAGAGAAGAGGAAGGUUAUUUCCCGAAGAAAGACUACAACGAUUGCAACAGUGGCCAAACACUAGGCAUCAGUUCGCCUACAACGGGCAUCCGACAAGUUAUACAGCUUUGCGAUUUGGAAAAGCUGGCCAAGGGUAAAUACAAAAAACUCGCAGAUCGAGAAGCGAAGUGGAUGAAGAGCCGUUCGAAAUGGAAGCAAUUUUGCGAUAGCUUGAACAAGGCAGAUUGGCAAGAAGUAGACUUUUACUCUUUCCUCGACUCGACGUUGGUUCACGAAAUGUCCCAUUGUAUCCGGGCCACAAAGCUCGCCAACGAUGAUUACGAAGAACAGCGCACCUGGGAUGAAGACCCCGGUGGUGGAUAUCGAUGGAAUCAUAUCCACGAUCUAUCCAAGAAGACUGGCUUUAUGAACGCUGGUGCCUGGAUGUUGAAGCACAAAUCAACAAAAAUAGAUAACACAGGAUGUUUGGUCGAGCUCAAAGACUACAGCUUUGGUAGACAGGCCGUGACUGUUGAUGGCCAAUGGGCUGCGCCAGCUCAUAAAAGAGCAUUGCCCGGACAUGCAGAAAUGGGGUAUUCCCUCACAAGGGGAUUCAGUUUCAAUCCCCUCGAAAUGCGCGCCAUCACCACUAGUGCCAGUACCAAGUCGCAAAGUUCUCCCUCUUCCUCAAAAUCAGGCAUCACUAGUGGCAGUUCCGCGAAUUCGAGCUCCGCAUCAACGUCCCAGAGCGUCAAGAGCAGUACAGUGUUGGGAUCUGCGUCCAUUUCCAAGUCGAGCUCUACGUCGGGAUCUAAGUCCGGCUUUAAAUCAAGCUCUGCAUCGGGAUCUGCAUCUGGUUCGAAGUCGAGUUCUGCAUCAGGAUCUGCAUCACGCUCGAGCGCUGUAGCUGGUUCCAGCAAACCGGCGAGUUCGCCUUCCGUUUCAAAGUCCGUGUCCAAAUCAGCAUCAGCAUCAUCGAUCUCCGGGACGAAAAGUGGAAGCUCCCAAAGUUCAAAGGCGAGCACUGGGCCAAGCUCUUCGGGCGUUUCUACCAAUUCUGUAUCAGGCUCCUCUAAACCAUCGAGCUCUUCUGCACCGUCAUCCUCACAACCCAAGCCAACUACUACUGCCGCUCCAGGGCCUACUGCUCCAAGUUCUGCUGCAAGCACUGCAAAACAGUCAGGAGGCUCUUCCGGCGUCCCUUCCAGCUCAUCACAGCAGUCAUCUGGAGCCAUCACUUCCAGUAACAGUACCAGCUCAACCCAGUUCCUGCCAGCAGCCUUCUUCUCUGCGAAGCCUACAGUCACUCCUGAAGAAGGUUUCCUUCUAUGCUCAGCAUCCAAGUCUUGCAGCAAGCCUACCCCCACGUGGCUAGAGAAGAUUGAAUCCGCCACAUCGACCUUCUUUAUUGACAAGAUCACAGACCUCAGUGCAGUCCCUACCCAGAAAGUCAAGAAGAGCCAAGAAGACGACGACGACGCCGUCAUUUUUGCCAAACUGGAGCUACCAAAGGAUGUGUGCAAUCCGCUACCAAAGCCCCAGUCGGGAGGUUUACUUAGUAUUGUAACCAAUGUAGCUAACAAGCUCGUUAACACAGUCGUGGAUGCUUCAUGCCAUAUGGAAUUUCCAGUUAUAACUGGAAACCUGCCCGGAUGGGUGGACAUGACAAAGUUCCCCGGCCUCAAAGGGUAUACACCGCCGAGUAAUAAGCCUACCGAACCUCAGGAAUCGGGCAAGGAAACGAGCAAAGCAUCGAGCGAGAAGUCGUCAAGCAAGUCAUCAAGCAAGUCUUCAAGCAAGUCGAGCUCGUCCAGCUCCUGCUCAGCAUCAGCUGUUACCCAGUGUAAGGGGACGCAAAUCGUCUCAGGCAGUAAAACCAGCAGCUUCGCGACGGACUGCUCAACCACCAAAACUUGCUCAGGUACUGGUAGCACUUCCAUGACAAGUAGCACCGUAGUGGCACAAGGCACCCUCUACCCGCACCCCGAGCCUGAAGCGAACUGGGAAGAAAAGCAGGAUUGUUUCCAAAGCAUAAUGGAGAACACGGACGGUGAUUUGGACUAUGGCGCCCUCGGCAAAUGCAUUGGCAAGUCCCUUUCGCCGCCCGCAACCAGCAGUGCCAAACCAAGCUCGGGCAGCUCGUCCGCCAGCUCAAGCAAACCCCAGUCGACGAGUGCAAAGACUUCGGGGGCAAGUAGCAAAGCAACAAGCAGCCUUGCGCCAUCCACAAGUGCACCAUCCGCCAGUUCAAGCAAGUCCCAGUCGUCCAGUGCAAAGACUUCGUCGAGCAGCAGCAAAGCGUCAACUACCAGCAAAGCGUCGAGUAGCAGCAAAGCGGCAAGCAGCAGCACCCCAGUGUCAUCCGGAAACCUUGGAGAUAAAUGUACCGCUGACACUGCUUGCCAGUCUAAAUGCUGCGGGUGGAAAACCGGAGAGUGUUUCAAGCCCCAGGAUGCGGUUCUCAAUGAUGGCGGGUGCGGUUUCGGACAGAGUCAGGCCAACAACGGACCCGAGCCUGCGAAACUGGGAGAAUACUGCAUCGCCGACUCUGGCUGCGAAUCCUACUGCUGCGGGUGGGACGGUGGACAGUGCAUCACGCCCGCGGCCAAGUCGUGCGGGCAUGGUUCACUUCAACGCAACGAUGGGCCUGUGAGCGCGAGUUAG